CCCCCUUGUUGAUCGCUGAUCUAAAAUACUUAGAGAAUUUCCUGAAGAAAAACUGAACUUUCUUCUGGAAAAAAUAGUUAUUCUAUUAAAUAUGUUUAGGCUACCUUCUCUGCCAAAUAAUAAUUGCGUCUGAACUUCCCAAGCUGUAGCUUACGGAUGUAUCCCAGGCAUCCGUGCAUGUCAUUUUCAACUUGCAUUUAAUCAAAAUUCAUGAUGUUCUCCUCGCUCAACACCUGAACUUGGAGCAUUUUAUAUACACAUUUUCAGUGGAAUAUAUCCAGUGCUCUGGGAUACAACUUCUCGCAGUAGGACAGUAGGCUGGUCACCUUGCCUCCAACGGUUUCACGGAGCGGCGUAGCACAGUCCGUCCCUCCUUCCGUCUCGCAGUUUUCCGCAUCGUAGAGUUGAGUUUCUUCCAAGCAGGUCCCACAAUUAUCGUUGGCGGCUCUUGUAACGCUCAUACUACACACGUUUCAACAGCAGGAAACAGCCCCCCGCAAACCUGUCUCAGAUUAUUGAAGAUACAAGAAAAGUGGAAAACGGAGAGAAAUGCGGCGAGGAGGAAAGGUGAAAAGAGACUGCAGCAGUAUAUAUAUAUUGUAUAUAUUUAUCGGGCAGUAGUCUACGUGGUCGUGGGAAUAUAUAUAUCAAGGUGUAUUAUGCCCUAUCCACUCUGGUGGACCUAAGAGAGCGCACCAGAGGGGAGAGUGAGGGGCGCUGGGACACACAGUCACACUGCUUCCUCCCUGCACCUGCUGCAUCAUGGGUAACGUCGGUGGAAAGGACGGCCAUGGCCCUACAGGGUCUCAUUUAGAUCUGUUCCAAACUCCUCCCUCUUCCCCCUCUGAUUCUGACUUGGCUCCAGCUGUAUCUCAGCUGCUGCAGCAGGGGACACUGUCCUCCGGGGCCACCCGGGGCAUCGUCUGCCAGGGUGGAGCCUCCCCCAUCUCCAAUUGGAGCCACACACUGUCCGUCCCCCCAGAAUGGGCCGUGAUUAGCGUAGAGAGCAGUGCGUCUCCGCCGGGGACUGGGAUUGAGAUGGAAGGUUCAAGGCGAACGGUGCAGCGCUCUAGCAGCCACAAAAGCCACAACAGCAGCCCUGUGUCCCCAGGCCAGGGGCCUCAGUUUGAGGGUAGUUCUUUGGAGCAUAGCUGGCAGGAGCGGGACAGUGGGAUGGAGCCCCAUGCAGCGCCAGAGCGGGCUGGGGAGGAGAUGGCCCUGGCUCUGUUCAGCCUUCUGGAACAUCACAGGUCUGCAGUGGGGCUCAGUCCGGGCCUGGAUGCACCAGCAGGAGCAGCCGAGCUGCUAAGUCGGUUGCUGGUGGAGAGAAAGGAGCUGGUCGAGGAGGUUCGCAACCUGAAGGACACACUGAGGACUGAGCGAGCUGAGUGGCACCAGUUCCAGUGCGAUCUACAGGUGGCAGUGUCUGUGGCCGACCGGCUGCGCGUGGAAGCGGAGGAGACUAUGGGCAUGCUCAGAGAGAGCCACGGGAACGUGGAGGGCCAGCUGGACCAGGUCCAGUGCAGACAGCAGGACACGGACAGGGAGAUGGAGAGCUUGAGAACUGAACACAGAGAGGCCUGUCACAGACUGUCUGCUCUCACCCUGGAGCACCAACAGACCAGGGCUGAGCUGGACACACUGAGACUGUCUGCUCUCACCCUGGAGCACCAACAGACCAGGGCUGAGCUGGACACACUGAGACUGUCUGCUCUCACCCUGGAGCACCAACAGACCAGGGCUGAGCUGGACACACUGAGACACACACUCGGGGAGAGAGAGAGGGACUCACUGAGGGAAAGAGAGAAGGACUCACACCGAGAGAUGGAGGGAAGAGACACGGAGGAGAGGACGUUUGGAGAAGACACUAGUGAAGACAUAAGCACGAUGGAGGCGCUGGAUGGGAAGAAAAUAAAGGAUUCAGAAAGAGAAGUGGAAGGAGAGAAAAGGGUGAAGAGUGAGGGAGAGGAUGUCAACAUGGGAGGGCAGUCUCCUGAGGAGCUUGUUAGAGGAGGGGAGAACCUGCUCAAAGUGAAGGGGGUGGCGGAGGCGUACCUACGGAAUUUGGCGGCCGGGGAGAAGGGGUGCAACUUGAGAGAUCCACAGAGGAUUGUGAUGAUGUCAGAGCGUUCCAGGAGCCUCUCUCGACUUCCCCUGCCCACUGACACUCUCCCUGCACAGAAUGGUAGCUCCCAGACCACUACUAGUACAACACUGCCUCUAUGCAAGAAAGAAGAGCCAGCCAAAGGGAGAAGGAUGGACCGCAUACUGCAACGACAGGACAGCUGGUCCAGCUUCUAUACAAAAAAACAGGAGGAGGACCAGAACGCAGACCCAUUGUCCUCAUUCAGACCUCAGGAUGGUUUCAGCAUGCUGCUACGAAGUCAUGGAGGCUCCAGGCGGAACUCACUCCUGCGUUGGUGUCAAAGCCGCACCCAGGGCUAUAAGAAUAUUGAGAUCACCAACUUCAGCAGCAGUUGGGAGGACGGUCUGGCUUUCUGUGCUGUGUACCACACCUAUCUCCCCACACACAUCCCGUACAGUAGUCUCAGCACAGGAGACAAGAGUGAGAACCUGGACCUAGCCUUCCAGACGGGGGAGAGUGUUGGAAUCACAGCCACUCUGACCGUGGAGGAGAUGCUGAGAUCAGGUGGGCCCGACUGGCAGAGGGUCCUGGGGUACGUUGAAAGCAUGUUUCGUCACUUUGAGAUGUAAUUUCCCUUCUGGGUUCCAUACCAAACUCUACGUCUAACUGGUCUGCCACCACCAGUCUGGUUCUUUUUGUCACAUCAUGAACUGGACUCUGAGUGAUGCACCGCUAGGGGGUUUAGGACUACGGUUGGAACGGAAUUCUCCUUCAGCCUCACUCUUUGUGGAAAGAGGCUCCUGCUGCUGGCCAUUGGUUGUAGGUGCACUGUGAACUGGGUCUAUCUAGAUUUCAGAGAGUGCUGACCAUGAGGUUUUUAGGCUGAGAGCUGUUUUUUGUUUUUGUUAAAUGCACAGUGAUUGCACUGAAUGAGGAGCCAUUGGAAAUGACCACCAUAAAUGAGGAAAUUGUGGAUAUGGGAAGGAUGUUACUAUUUACACCAGGAGAAAUGAACAAUGACUUCCAAGUUUAUCACUUAGGGUGCUACUGCUGUUCACUCUGUUGUGCACUUAUUUGGAUGCCUUUUAAUUGUUAUCAACAAUAUGAAGUCUGUCACGUACGUUUUUAACUGGAAGAUUAAUGUUUUGGACACGCUCUCCCCAUGUAUUAGAUUUUAUACCCUUAGAAAACCCUAUCCCGUUGUGAUAUUCAUGUAGCCAGAAGUAGUAUUUUAAUGUCUGUAUACACCAACUCAAAGCAGAAAGAGGGGCCGGACAACUUGAAUGAGUUCAUUCAAUGGCACUGUGUGCAUCACAACUGCGAUCAACCAAGAGCGACUGCCUUUGACGAAAUGUGUAUACAGUGCUGUCUAACUAGUUACAGUAUAUUUUUAAUGUAUGUUUUGUUAGAAAAUAUUUUUAAGUAAAUGUUUGAAAUGUAGUAUGCAAACAGAAGGGCCAUAGGGUGGACUAUCCAACAGAGGGACUUGUCUCCUGUUAUGGAAUAUGGGAAUGGUCUGUCUUGAGGUUUUGUCUGAUAAUAGGAGCAGCAAUGUGGCCAUAUAAGUACUGGAUCCUACAAUGUUUGCUUGUCUUUGUGAUUUGAGGGAGAAUGUGAGAAAUAAGUGUGUGUGUGGGUGUAUAUAUAUAUAUAUAUAUAUAUAUAUAUAUAUAUA